UCACAGUUGUUGGUGAUUGAUUCUCAUGAUUGGCAUUCAGUUCAACUCGUAGCUUUUCCUUAGAUGACCCAAUUCUCAUGUUCAUUUCCACUUCAACUUCAAACAUUUCGCAACCUUCUCAAACUCUGCAUAUCCCAAAGAGACCUCUUAACUGGGAAAUCCCUUCACGCCCUCUACAUCAAGUCCAUUCCUUCCUCAACUUACAUUUCCAACCACUUCACCCUCCUUUACUCCAAAUGUGGCACCCUCCGCCAUGCCCAUUCCGCAUUCUACAUCACCAAAUACCCCAAUGUGUUCUCUUACAACACCAUCAUCAACGCCUAUGUGAAAAACUCCCUCACCAAUGUUGCCCGCCAACUGUUCGAUCAAAUUCCCCAACCGGACCUUGUGUCCUAUAACACCCUCAUUGCUGCUUAUGCUGACCGCGUUGAGUGUGAGCAGGCUUUGAGGUUGUUUGAGGAAGUGAGAGAGAUUGGUUUGGGCCUUGAUGGGUUCACACUGUCCGGUGUGAUCACGGCCUGCUGCAAUGACAUUGGCUUGAUCAGGCAGCUGCAUUGUUUUGCUGUGUUUGGUGGGUUUGAUUCUUAUGCUUCCGUGAAUAAUGCGGUCCUCACGUGUUAUAGUAAGAAGGGUUUUUUGGGUGAGGCUAGGAGGGUGUUUUGUGAAAUGGGGGUUGAUGGAAGGGAUGAGGUUUCGUGGAACUCGAUGAUCGUGGCGUGCGGGCAGCACCGGGAGGGAUUGGAGGCGCUGGAAUUGUUUCAGGAGAUGGUUAGGAUGGGAUUGAAGGUUGACAUGUUCACUAUGGCUAGUGUUUUGACUGCUUUUACUUGUCUCAAGGAUUUGGCAGGGGGAAUGCAGUUUCAUGCUAAAAUGAUUAAGUGUGGAUUCCAUAGGAACUCCCAUGUUGGAAGUGGGUUGAUUGACUUGUACUCCAAGUGUGCUGGUGGCAUGUUGGAAUGCAGGAAAGUGUUUGAGGAGAUUCCUGUGCCGGAUUUGGUUCUUUGGAACACAAUGAUUUCUGGGUUUUCCCUGAAUGAGGACUUGUCUGAAGAUGCUCUUUGUUGUUUCCGGGAGAUGCAGCAUGUUGGUUUUUGUCCGGAUGAUUGUAGUUUCGUGUGUGUAACUAGUGCAUGUUCCAAUUUGUCAUCCCCCUCUGUGGGGAAACAGGUUCAUGCAUUAAUAAUCAAAUCUGACAUCCCUUAUAAUCGUGUUUCGGUGAAUAAUGCUCUUGUCGCAAUGUAUUCUAAAUGUGGGAAUCUUCAAGAUGCAAGAAGGCUAUUUGAUAGGAUGCCAGAACAUAAUACAGUAUCACUGAAUUCAAUGAUUGCAGGCUAUGCACAACAUGGUGUUGAGGUUGAAUCACUCUGCCUCUUUGAACUGAUGCUGCAAAAGGAUAUUGCACCUAACAGUAUAACCUUCAUAUCUGUUCUUUCUGCAUGUGCACACACUGGAAAAGUUGAGGAGGGUCAGAAAUAUUUCAAUAUGAUGACAGAAAAGUUUGGGAUUGAACCAGAAGCAGAACAUUAUUCAUGCAUGAUAGAUCUUUUGGGCCGGGCAGGCAAACUUAAGGAAGCUGAGAGGAUUAUUGAGACCAUGCCAUUUAAUCCUGGUUCUAUUGAAUGGGCUGCUUUACUUGGUGCAUGUAGGAAGCAUGGAAAUGUGGAGCUAGCGGUGAAAGCAGCCAAUGAGUUCCUCAAGCUGGAACCUGAUAGUGCUGCUCCAUACGUAAUGCUUUCAAAUAUGUAUGCCAGUGCUGGCAGAUGGGAAGAGUCUGCAACAGUUAAAAGGCUGAUGCGGGAAAGAGGAGUGAAGAAGAAACCAGGUUGUAGUUGGAUUGAGAUAGAUAAGAAGGUGCAUGUCUUUGUGGCUGAAGACACUUCACAUCCAAUGAUAAAAGAGAUUCGUGAAUACAUGGGGGAGAUGUUAAGUAAAAUGAAGCAAGCAGGGUAUGUGCCAGAUAUAAGAUGGGCACUGGUGAAAGAUGAAGAAGCAGCAGCAGAAGAGAAAGAAAGAAGGUUAUUGCUUCACAGUGAGAAGCUGGCAGUUGCAUUUGGUCUGAUCUCCACCAAAGAAGGGGUGCCAAUACUGGUUGUGAAGAACCUAAGAAUUUGUGGUGAUUGCCACAACGCCAUCAAAUUUAUUUCAGCCAUUGCCGGUAGGGAAAUCACUGUUAGGGAUGCUCACAGGUUUCAUUGCUUUAAGGAAGGGCAAUGUUCAUGCAGGGAUUAUUGGUGAUAAUAUAAUCAAAGGUGCUAUUUCGGUGGGAACAUGAGUUAGACAGGUAAAGCAAUUUUUUUUUUUUUUUGGGGGGAGGAUAUUAUCGAUUAAUAAGGUUGAGUUAGGCGGGAUCAGAGGGGCGGCAAAACUUUCCCUUAAAACUCAAAUAGGCAGCUAAAGUUAAUCUAAUAACAGAAGAAAUGACCGAUAUAGAUUUUGUUUAUCCACAGAAUUUUAUCAAUACCAAUUCUAAAAACCAUAGCUGCAUAAUUUGCUGCUAAGUUUAACUGCGUGCUUGGAGAGCUUAUUUGCAGAAGCCUACCAACAAUUUUAGUUUGAGGUUGCUUCUCUUUUCAAUUUAGAGUUAUGUACUUCUCUAUAUAGUUGAAAGCCUGAAGUCAAGUUGAUUUUCACUUGUUUGCAUGUUGGGAGUCAAUCUAUCAAGGCCUCGUGCAAUGGUAC